ACGUGGGUCAGGAGCUGGAGACGUUCCUGAUCAAGACCAGGCGCAGGAAACUCGAGCCCAUGCAGCAGUGGACCGACAGAUUCCGGUACCAGUACCUUCGGCGAGCGCUGGCACGUGCACUCGGCCACCCGACUCAGAGUCCUCACUCGACGUCGAGCUGGGCCCCCAGACCCUGGAGAUGGGUUGAAGUCGAGAAGGAAGAAGACGACGAGGGCCCGAGCUGGGCGUGGGGGUACACCGACGGCCGAGGAGAAGACGAUAUAUGGUCGCGCACCUGGAGUGUCACCAACGACGAUGACGCCGAGGAGGAGUUGGAUGACAUGCCAGAGGUCUCCCCGAGCAUCGUCCGGGGUUGGCUGAUGCUCGCGCGCGCGGGCCUGGAUUCCAGGGGGAGAUCUGCCAUCGUGACUGCCGCAGGUGGCUCGCUGGAGGCAAGCGGGAUCCGCGAAAAGCCGAUCUCGACCUGGGAGGGCGAUGGCCUGGCAGAGCGAGAUGGCCACGCUCGAUGCCCGAAGGCGUGCGCGGCGCAGAUGGGAGACGAUGGCCGCGCUUGGCUCGACGCGGACCACGUGGAGCAGGGUGCGGGCAGCUUCGCAGCGGAGCAGGAGUGCGAGGAGUUCGAUGGGGAACGUGACAUGGCCGAGGCUAAUGGCGAGGAUAUCGAGGCGCACGUGGCCGCCCAGCAGGAGGUGGCCGAGGCAUUGGCUGCGCUCCACACGGCCCAGCGAACCCUGCUCCGGGCUCGCCGGAGGGCGGAGGAGCUGGCGGAGGGUUCCCAGCGGGGUCUCGCCGUGGCCAAGGCGCCCGAGGCGAGCGCGAAGAUGGCCAUCCGCGUGAAGGAGCUGCAGUUUAACCUAGUGGCCGCCAGGGUCGCCGAGCAAGAGUCUGGGGACUCACCAAGUGAGGCGAUGUUCGCGGAACAAGCCAUUUUGGAGGGCAAGGGGGUCGUCGACUUAGGCUGCGCGGACACCAUGGGAGGCGAGCGUGCGCUUGACAUCGUAGCCCGCAAGAACCUAGAGAAGUACGGCGACACGAGGCUCCGCGAAGUGGAGUUCGGGAUCACGAGCGCGGGCAACGAGGGGGACAUCGCGAUCAACGGGUUCGCGAAGGACGUCCCGAUCCUCGUGUCGAAGCAGGUGCUCAAGAAGCUGGGGGCAGUCAUUGAUUGCGACGCGGGCGUCGCAGUGUUCGUGAUUUUGGCCCCGAAGGUCCCCGUCCAGCUGGAGGGGUCGCCCGACGGCGGACGCUACUACAUGGGCCUGGUGGGCGACAUCCUAGAGCACCGGGUGCAGGGCCCUGCCAGGUUGCAGAACUUCAGGAGGAUCAGCCAGCAUGUCUCUGAGCGGGGCAGGCCGGAUACG